AUGGAUCUUGUAAACAUCAACCCACAAGGCCCUAAUAGAACCUACACAACAAUCCAUGAAACUGAUGCAUCUCCUACUUUUUUUCUACCUGGACGCGUCAGAUUCCCGUCAAACUGAAGCUACAAAACAGAAAGCCCUAUAAAGCUAAAGAUUGAGAAAGAAAUCACAAUUCUACCAGAAAUCAGCACAACUACCAAUAAAAAGAAAAAGAAAAUUUCAAAAAAGAAAGAAUUAUGAUUACAGCAAAAUAAUCGAAUUGAGAAAAUUACCACAAAGCUUUAUAAUGAUGCUUUAGACAAAAGAGCCAAAAGUGUCGCUAAUUUAAGCUACCAAGAUAUAGUAAUUCAUGAUGAGGUUGAUAAAUUAAGAAAAUCUAAAGGAAAAGACCCAAGAAAUUUCAGUUUUUCGAAAACUCUCAGCAAACAAAAAAGUUUAAAUGAAACUGUAAAAUUUGAUACAAAAGAUGAAAUAAAAAAUAGCGAAAGCUAUAUUUAUUUACCUGGGAUAGGGAAAGAGCUGAGAUGUGAUACAUCUACUUCUGAGCUGCAAAAAUUAAAAUUGACUAUGACUUCUUUGCUUCAAAGAAAAGAAGAAGAAAAAGAGCUUUUACAAAAAAAUUUAAAAAAUGAACAAAAUAUUAAAUAUGAUAAAAAUUCAAGUUUAGGAAAUGAAAAUAAACAAGUAAAAUUUUCAGAGAAAAAAAUUAAAAAAAUGAUUGUAAAAUAUAGAGAAGAGCUAAAAGAUGCGAAAAAUAAGCUGAAAGUAAUUAUAGGCACACUAUCAAUACUUGAGCAAGAGUAUAAAGAGUCAAAAUUAGUGAGUUAUGACCCUAAAAAGAUUCAUUUGAGGUCGAAAAUUAAAGACUACUAUAAAGCAUUAGAUAUUUAUCAAGAUUGUAUUGAAAAGCUUAAAAACGCUAUAAAAGUUUAUGAAAGCCAUAUUAAAAAAUCGAUGAAUUAUAAUCGUCUCCCUACAGUAGAGUAUCCUGAGUGCGAAGAAAUUGAUUCAAAUUCAUCUUUGGCAGAUGAGCUCGGUAAAAAAGAUGAUAAACUAAGAGAGAAAAACAAUAAAAAAGCAGGGAAAAUAACAUUUUCAGAGUUUAUGAAUAUGUAA